AUGGAUCCCGAAUUACAGGCAUUAAGAGAAGCUAGAUUAGCUGAGUUGAAAAGAGGUAACAAUGCAUCUGGUCAGAGUCCAAAUGGUGGUGCUGAGAAUGGUAAAAAUGCUGCUGUUGGCUCAGAUAUUGCCUCAUUUUUAGAGCCACAAGCCCUUGAGAGAUUGUCAAGAGUUUCUUUAGUUAGACCAGAACGUGCCCAAGCCGUCGAGAUGUAUAUAAAACAACUUCUAGGAUCAGGUCAAUUAUCACAUAAAAUAAGUGAAGAUGAGAUUGUGCAAAUUUUGAAUGGUAUUGCUAGAGAACAGAAAAAGAAGAAUGAUGUUAAGAUUAUCUUCAAUAGAAGAGAGCAAAACUACGACAACAGUCUAAGGAAUAAUAGCAAUGAUGAUGAUGACGAGGAUGAUGAUUUCUUUGAUUAG